AUGGCCUCUUUCAAUUGCUUUGCUUUAGCAUUCUUGAUUGCUUUGUCAUUUGCAAGCAUUGAUGUUGGGGUAGCAGCUCGUCACCUUCUGCAGCAGCCUCGAACGCAAAGUUUACCAUCUUUCCCUAAUCUCCCAACGCCAUCCCGACCAUCAUUCUCAUGGCCUGGGGCGCUUCCUCCACUUCCUACCACAUUCCCAACAGGACUGCCCCCUCUGCCAAGCAUUCCCUCAGUCCCCACAAUCCCAACUGCAAUUCCCCCUAUUCCUUUCUCUUUUCCGCCAUUGCCAUCUAUCCCUAAUCUCACAAACCCUGGGGCGCUUCCUCCACUUCCUACCACAUUGCCAAGAGGACUGCCGCCUCUGCCAAGCAUUCCCUCAAUCCCAACUGCAGUUCCCUCUAUUCCUUCCUUUUCUCCACCACCUUCUCGUUCUACUCCUUGA